ACAAAUUUCAAAAAGAAUUUGUCCAAAAUUAACCAAACGACAUUUGUACUUGGACAGUUUUUCAAAGAUGAACGUAAAACUAGCGGCUCAGAUCUUUAGUAAUUCAGUUGCAGCAGGCUUAAAAUAUUAUAGAGAGUAUCAAAAAGUACCAGAAUUAGAAAAUAGUUUAGAGACUGAAAAUUUUUCAAAUUUAUUUAAUAAUAUUUUUGAUGCAUUAAAUAGAAAAUUCCCAGCCGAGGGUAUAAGACAAAAUUCUAAGGAUUUUAAAGUUUUAGAAGAUGGAAUAACAUUUAUUAAUUCAUGGGAACAGAAUUUAUUGGAUCAAAAGAUUAUGGAAUCCGAGUUUUUAACAAAACAAACUGCUGAUGGCCUACGAGUGACAAUGAAAUCAACCAUUGAACUAGCGAAAUAUUUACUACAGUCUGGAUUUCGAUAUGUAUUAUCGAAUAAAAUGAACCAAGAUAGAUUAGAAGUAAUAAAUUGAUACCAUGAACUAAGUCUAAAUUCAAGAUUGAUACAAAAUAUUCCUGAAUAAACA